CCCCGACAAAAAAGAACUCCAAGGAUAGAGUGGAAAAGCUGCGCCUGCUUGGAGGUCGUCUCCCUUCGCCUGAUAUCGGCUCCCGAUCCCCAAGCCCCGACCGGGCCUUUGGAUUUCUGCGCCACGGUUGGAUUUUGUCGCUUUUCCUCGGCUCCUUGGGUCGGUACUACAAUCUCGCAUCAAAGGUGCCGUCUUUCCGUUCGUGUUUCUGGAAUGGGGAUCGUCGUCUUCUUGAUUUAGGGUUCUGUGCGAUCUUUGUUGUUCGCUCGAUUUCUGCGCCUGUUCUUCUUGGAUUCAUGUAGACGGGCCUGAGUAAAUCAUCUCAGUCGGAUCCGAUUGCAGCAGCGGAGUUUCCCUGAUUCAUAUAUAGGAUUGGAGUGUUGCCGGGGAAUUGUCUGGUUGCAGCAAGCAUGGAUGACGGGGAAGUGGACCUCUCGAGCCACUUGCUCCUGCCGAGCCCCGAAAUGACCCAGAGCUUCGACGAGUUCUUGCGAAGGACCACCACAUGCACCCACACCCACACAUGCAAUCCCCCCGGCCCGGCCGCCGCCGCGCACACCCACACAUGCUACCACACCCACACCCAGGUGUUCGCGACGGGCGAGGAGGAGGGGCCGGGCGAAGAGGAGCCGAACAAGUCCCGCCGCAGGCCGCUGGGGAACAGGGAGGCGGUGCGCAAGUACCGAGAGAAGAAGAAGGCCCACGCCGCCUUCUUGGAGGAGGAAGUCAAGAAGCUGCGCCUCCUGAAUCAGCAACUCCUGCGACGGCUGCAGGGGCAGGCGGCGCUGGAGGCGGAGGUGGUCAGGCUGCGAGACCUGCUGGCGGAUCUCAGAGGGAAGAUCGACGCGGAAGUGGGCGGCGGCUUCCCCCUCCUCCUCAAGAAGUGCAGCCCUGCUGGUGUACACUGCGACAGCAAUGGCCAGUGCGUGGAGGUGAUCGACUGGGAAGGAAGCUGUGUGCCGGUGGUGGUGGACUGCCAGAUCGAUCCAAAUGGGGAUGACCGAGCAGAACUUGGAGAUCGUUGAAGCCGUGUCAAUUCAACAAACAGCUGGGAGCAUCUGAAACAUGAAUCAAAAGGUUUGAUCUCUGUCUCCGUCCUAGCCAUGUUCCUGAAUCCGAAACAUGAAUCAAACAGCUUGUAAGAAUAAUGUUGUAUUAUAUGAUGAUGGAGUAGAGCAUCUAUCAGGCCAAUUCAGUGGAAAUCUUAUAUGUACAGAAUAAGUAAUCUCCUUGCUUAGAAGAGAGAGAGAGAGAGAGACAUAAAGAAAGAGUAAUAUCCACAUUUGUUUUUUGCUGCUGUAAUGGAGUGGUUGAAUCGAUGCCUCCCUCUAUAGAGUGGUGGUGAUGAAGUGUUGCUGAGUGCCCAAAGAGGUGAAGGCAUAAAUACGUGUAGCGACUCCCUUUGUCUACAGCAAUGUUGUAAUAUGGUGUUGCAUAAG